AUGCAUCUCGCCGCAUUUCACCGCAUUUCACCGCAUCUCACCCACCUCGAUGAAACACAGCCUGCUGCUGGUGCUUCUGCACAAGAAUCUCGUGGUCUGGCGAUACCAUCAGACGAGACGGUGGUGGUGCGCAAGGGGCAGGGGCCGCGGGAGGCGUCGGAGAUAACGGUGAACUGCCCGGACAAGGUGGGGCUGGGCUGCGACCUCACGCGCAUCAUGUUCGAGUUCGGGCUCAACGUCGUCAAGGGUGGUGAGUGGUUCCGCGCGGUGGCAGAGCGGUGUGCCACUCACUUUGAUUACUACCCUCCCUGUGCUGCUGCUGCUGCUGCUGCUGCUGCUGCUGCUGCUGCUGCGACUGCUGGUGUUGCACCUGCUGCUGUGAACCUUGUCAAUGCCACCUUCCAUACACUUCCCCACAUGACGCAGCUGUUGUGGGAGUUGGAGCUGACCAUCCACCGUGUGAACGUCUCCACCAGCCCCGACGGCCAGGCCAUCGACUUCUUCUUCAUCACUGACAACCGCAAGGAGCUGCCCGCAAAGCACCGGUCAGACCAGAUCAUAGACCGAGUGAGGGACGCACUCUCCCUCUCAGGGCACAGCAGGGGCGGCGCUAAGGGCCUGCUCGGCUCCUCCGCUGCCUCGGGCGCCACAGGCGCAGGACCAGGGGCAGCAGGAGGAGGUGCAGCAGGGUAUGGCGGGGAUAGGAUGGCAGGAGCAGCAGCGGGAGGCGUGGGAGGGAAGGGUGGGAGGAGUGGGGGCAGCAGCGGGGGCGCUGCUGGGUCUGGUGGUGCUGGUGCCCCAGGCCCUGAUGCAGCAGACAUAGCGGAUCUAAGCCUGGGCGUGUCCGAGUGUGUGCCGUACGCUGUAGAGAAAUUCCUUCUUGCUGAGUUCAGCACGCCGCCUAACAGCCCCCCUGGGACCUCUGUUUCCAGUGCUGUUGGUGGUGGUGGUGGUGCCAGGGGCGCGAGUGGUGCUGGUGGCGCUGGUGGUGUUGCCGGUGCUGCUGGUGCUGGUUCCGCUGGUGGCGCUGCUGGUGGUGUUGCUGGUGCUGCCGCUGGUGCUGGUGCUGGUGCUGGUGGUGCUGCCAGGGCUGCUGCGUCUGGGUUGGUGGGGGCGGGUGUAGGCGCGAGCAGGGGCAUGGGCGUGGUAUCAGGGCUGGCAGCAGCAGCAGCGGCAGGCACAGGAGUGGAGAUAGACUCAUCGGACCUGGCCUUCUCGCCUGUGUUCUCUGAGGGGCUGGGCCCAUCCCAACCCCCUCCGUCUGUUGCACGGGUCACUGUGGACAAUGGCAUGUCUCCUGCUCAUUCCAUGCUGCAGAUCCAGCUGAAGGACCGGAAGGGCCUUGUGUAUGAUUGCCUGCGCACACUUCGAGACCUCAACAUGCAGGUGUCAUACGGGCGCAUAGCCACGACAGAGGAUGGGGUGUGCCAGCUGGACAUGUUUGUGGUGGACAGCAGCGGCAGGAAGGUGGAGGGGGCAGCGCAGCAGGCGCGCAUCUGUGCCCGGCUCACAUCAGAGCUUGAGCGGCCGCUGCGCAUCGUGGUGGUGACACGAGGAGGGAAGGGGAGCGUGGUGGGAUCAGUGGAAGGGGGAGAGGUGAAGGACCGAGGGAGCGUUGGUGCUGGUGGUGCUGGUGGAAGGAUGGGAGUGGGGAUGGGGAUGGGGAUGGGGAUGGGGAUGGGGAUGGGGAUGGGGAUGGGGAUGGGCAUGGGGAUGGGGUUGGGGAUGGGGUUUGCGGGGAUGGUGGGGAUGGGGAGGAGUAUGUCACCUGCCCCAGUGCCGGCAGCAGCAGCAGCAGGAGGAGGAGGAGGAGGAGGGAGGGCGGGCAGAGCAGGGUCAGCAGCAGCAGGCACAGCAGGGGCGGCAGGGGGAGUGGCAGGGUCUGGCGCAGGGGGGUUCUUAUCCCCUUCACCUGUAUCCUCGUUAAGAGCAGGUUCAGCAGCAGCGUCAGUGUCAGCGGAUGAGGCAGCGGAGGCAGAGCUGCUGGUGGCGACGCCGGUGGAGUGCUGUGGGCGGGGCAGGCCGCGUGUGCUCUUUGACAUGACUCUCGCUCUCAGGCAGAUCAACGUGCAAGUCUUCAAGGCGGACAUAGCACGGCAUGAGAUGGGGGGGCGCACAUGGGAGGUGUACCGGCUCAUUCUGCUGGACAGGGGGGGCCAGCCCAUCUCCAAGCUCAAGACCCGCCUCUACAUUGCCGACCAAGUCAGGAAUGUGCUCAUGGGGUGA